AUGUGGUCAAUCGUGCUGCCGCUGGCGCUGCUCUGCGCAAGGGUGUACAGCCAGAAUCAUAACGCUGCUUCUAUGACAAUCAACUCCGAUGGCUCUUCGCUGUACGCCACCAAGCUAGGUUUAGCCCACAACGACAAUAACCAGAUCAGCGCCCUGUUAUCCAAGUCUUCAACGGGAGCAAUCAGCAAAGGACUCGCUUUGGAUAAUGUGAACGGUCACGGGCUCUCAGUAUCCCAGACGAACAUCCCUGGCUUCGGCAGCCAGUUGACCGGCGCGGGGAAGCUGAACUUGAUUAAUAACAACGUUCACAAACUUGACGCCAACGCGUUCGCCACCAAGAAUAUGCCGAGCAUCCCGCAAGUGCCCAACUUCAACACCGUCGGUGGCAACCUGGACUAUAUGUUCAAAGACCGCGUGGGUGCGACCCUGGGUGCUGCCAAGACCCCAUUCCUGGACCGCAUGGAUUACUCGGCGAUGGGCAAGCUGAACUUGUUCAACUCCCCCGCCUCCCGUGUGGACCUCAACGCUGGGUUCUCCAAAGUUUCCUCGCCUUCCUUCAAUACCAACUGGCAACCAGCAGGGGGAUUGACAUUCACUAAAUUCUGGUGA